AUGGCCUCCUCCCUCAUCAAUCCGGUGACUAGAUGGUGGAAAACAGAGGUUUUUUGUGCUCUCUUCCUCCCUUUUGAGGCUGAUAUGAUCUUAAAAAUUCCCCUAAGUUACAAUCUGCCUGAGGAUAAGCUCAUUUGGAUGGGGAAUAAGAAGGGUGAUUUCAUAGUUAAAAGUGCCUACUUUGUUGCAAUCAAACUCCUUAACACAAGGGAUAAAGGGGAAUGCUCCUCUGGAGAUCCAAAUGCUCGGAUUUGGAGGAAAAUUUGGUCUCUUAAGCUCCCAAAAAAAAAUAAGAUUUUCUCUUGGUGCGCUUGUGUGAAUGGCCUGCCCGUGCUCACAAAUGUGGCUGCAAAAGGUAUACAAACCUCCUGUAUUUGCCCAAUUUGUGAUGAGGAGCCUGAAAGCCUUAUUCAUGCUUUAAUCUCUUGUGAUUCUUCCCUCUGGGUGUGGUCCCUUUGGCAGGACUGCCCCAUUGAGUUGCUGCUGAAUGCAGAAGAUUUCAAUGAUUUAGUGCUCCAAAUUUGCUCUUCCCCGACUGCCUUGCAUCUUGAAUUUUUCUUUGCCAUUUCCUGGUCGGUUUGGUACAAUAGAAACAAGCUUAUCCAUGAUGAGAAUGGUCCACCGCCUUUACAAAUUUUGGAAAUGGCUAAGAACUUGGUUGAGGACUUCAAGGAGGCCUCCUCGUGGGAUUUUCCUCCUCGGCUGUCUCCUCAAAUUGGCUGGGCUGCUCCCCCGUUGGGCUAUUUCAAGGUAAAUGUAGAUGGUGCCUCUUCCAUUGAUGGUAGUGGAAUUUUAGGUGUUGGGGUAAUCAUUCGGGAUGAGAUGGGUGGGGUAGUCGCUACUCUAUGUAAGGCUCUGCCAUUGCAUUACCCCAUCGAGUGGAUUGAGCUUUUUGCUUUGGAGCAUGGUGUACUCUUGGCUUAG